UCUGAAAAUAGAAAAAGAAAAGCUUCGACCUUCUCUUUUUUCUCGACAUUCACCGCCGCUGCUCCGCCAGUCCAGCCUCCGAUAUCGAGUGCCAGCUACUCCGCCACUCCGCCAGCCGUUCACCAAUCGCCGGAGCAGGGUACCACUUUACCUAGCUGUCAAUGAUGAAGAGGGUAUGGAGAAUCUCGGAUGCUUCCCACACGGAAGCAAUUCUCCAAAGAUUUUCUGAAAAUUAUAGAAAACAUUCAUGGUGUUACACAAUUGCACGAGCUUCAGCCAAUACGUUGUGGGUUCGAGGACUAGCGGGCGGAGCAGCUUCUUCCCAACCUGCCUGGUCACAGGUAUUUGCUUUGUUCGCAGACAGGUGGAGUCACGCUGAUUCAUUGGUCAAACAGGAUCUGAGAGAAAGGGUUUCACAUUUAAGGGAUGAGUUGCUAGCUUGCAGUGGUGAUGCUGAAAAGAUUGAGAGAAUAUUAGCAGAUAGAGGGGUUUUGUUGUUUAGGAGGUAUGCAGAUGGUUCUGCGGUUGUUGAGCUCUUAAAACAGCUAAAAUCUUCGCCCCAAUUAGCGCUCCAGGCUUUUGACUGGAGGAGAAGACAAUUGGAUUACUGGACUCCCAUGACAGCUGAGGAGUAUUCCAAGGCUAUUGUUGUGGCUGGAAGGUUAAAGAAUGUUGAUCUUGCAGCUGAACUAUUCAAAGAGGCUUCCAACAAGCAACUCAAGUCCACCUCUUUAUAUAACGCCCUUAUGACUGCUUAUAUGUUCAAUGGUUUGGCUGUAAAGUGUCAAUCAGUUUUUCGGGACUUGAAGAGGGAAGCAACAUGUACUCCAACUAUUGUAACAUACAACAUACUUAUCUCGGUGUUUGGUAGAUUAAUGCUGAUAGAUCACAUGGAGGCAACCUUACGGGAAAUAAAUGAUUUGAAUAUCUGCCCAAAUGUUAGUACAUACAACAAUUUAAUUGCUGGGUAUAUCACAGCGUGGAUGUGGGAUGAUGUGGAGAAUACAUAUAGAAUCAUGAAGGCAGGAGGUCUCAUACCUGAUCUUGCUACCCAUUUAUUGAUGCUUCGAGGAUAUGCACAUUCUGGUAAGUUGGAUAAGAUGGAAGAGAUUUAUGAGCUUGUCAAAGGUCAUGUUGAUCAGUACGGGAUCCCAUUAAUUCGAUCUAUGAUAUGUGCUUACAGUAAAAGUUCUGACGUAAAUAAAGUUCAAAAGAUUGAAGAGUUGAUGAGGUUGAUUCCUAAAGAUGAUUAUAGGCCUUGGUUGAAUGUCAUAUUAAUCUGUCUGUAUGCAAAGGAGGAUUUAUUAGACGAGAUGGAAAAUUCAAUAAAUGAGGCAUUUAAACGUAACACGUCUGUCACAACAGUUGGUGUCAUGCGUUGCAUCAUUUCAAGUUAUUUCCGAAACAAUGCAGUAGACGAGCUUGCUAAUUUUGUUAGUCGUGCAGAAUGUGCUGGUUGGAAAAUAUGUAGGUCCCUUUACCACUGUAAGAUGGUUAUGUAUGCUUCACAAAGGCGACUCAUUGAAAUGGAGCAAGUUCUUGGCGAGAUGGAUAAUGUGAACUUGGACUGUUCAAAGAAAACGUUUUGGAUAUUACUUAAAGCCUACACAACGUGGGGGGAAAAGGAUAAGCUUCAUCAGGUCUUGGGUAUGAUGUGCAAGCAUGGAUAUGGAAUUCCUACGAACGGAUGAACGUGGUAGUUCAUAUUUCAAUUUCCUCCUAUCAUCUUGCUUUGAAGGUCGUGGUUAGCUGAUUGUAAUGCUGCUGGAAUUUGGGAUUUUGAUGAAGCCAGUUGACACUCUUAUUUAGUUCUCCUUUUCUUGUUCCCUCUCAUUGCUGAUAUACAACAGUUAAAAGCUCAAGCGAUGCAAGCAUUUCUAUUUUACAGAAGAGUUAAGUCAAGCAUGUGUGAUGAACAUGUCUGCUUAUUGUCAAUAAAAUUCUGGGUAAUUUAGACAUCUCAUAGUACUUAGUUAUGUAACUUUACGUGUCUUAUAACGGGAAACUGCAUUGCCAUGUACCGCUUCUCUAUUUUGCUCUCUGUGGCUCUAAAAUCUUCUACAGCCUCUUCGGUUCAUCGCCUUCCAGCUGUUCUGGGUUUUAGCAUCAUCUCUCCGCUACUACUUUAUUCUUUGUUGCUGCACCCGCUUGGAUAUUAUGUUGUUCCAUUGCCUCUGAUCGACAUGCGCAGAGACAAAUGACAAGGCAUUUCUGUGAUUAUUUUUGCAAGCACCAGCCAACUCGUUGCGGUUUUGUAUCUGAACCAAGCCUCCGAAUUCCUUUAUUCUACUAUUUCUGCAUCCAAGUCAAAUUGUUUCUCAUCUUCAGUUCAAAUUGAGGGAUCUCAAAGAAGAUAUUUUGGGUUUAGUAUCUCCAAGCUGAAGAACAGCUGUCACUUGUUAAUACUUAGAACUGCAGCGAAUCCCAGAUAUACUUGGAAGCCGUGCCUUGAUAUUUCUAUUCAGUUCCAAAAUGUGAAUGUGAGGUUGUUCUUGCCCAAUCAGUCAAAAGUUCCGGAAAAAACUGAUGCAGAGUAGGGCAUAUUUCUGGGCUGUGAUGUAUAUGUGUUUUUUCUUGCCCAAUCAGUCAAAAGUUCCGGAGAAACUGAAGCAGAGUAGGGCAUAUUUCUGGUGCGACGUUUUACAUCUGCUGGUUUAUUUAUUGGUUUGGCAGUCUGCUAUUUAGCCUCUCAACUAGUCCAUACUGAGCUGAAGCAUCAGAAGAAAAUAGGGAAAUAACUGUGCUUCCUCAACCGCUGGCUGUUCACAUGGAAAGGUAUUGACUACUCUGUAAUUGGUAUAUCUGGAGAUGGAAGAUGUUUAUUUCAUUCUGUUGCUCAUGGUGCUUGUUUAAGGUCGGGGGAAGCCCCUCACCUGAUGAGAACCUACAGAGGCAAUUAGCAGAUGAAUUGCGUGGGAGCAAAAUGGAGCAUGUGCGGAAGUCUGUGGAAAGCCAAAAAAAAUAGUGAAAACUUCAGACCUCGGGUCCAAUAACAUUUCUAAUGCAAUACCGCCUAACUUUCACUAUAAGUGGAAUGUGAAGAAGUAAUGGCGAAAACACCGUGGGGAGAGAGUGAUAGAUAACUGGGAGAGAGCGUAGGAAACGUGAAUGGUAGGUGGUAUCACAUUAGAAAUGUUAUUGGACCCGAGGUCUGAAGUUUUCACUAUUUUUUUGGGUUAAACAGAAAUGUUUUAUUUAAACCAAGUAUAACACAUCGCUACAUGUUUACAAAACCAUAAAAUUUGGUUAACUUUAGUCCAGAAGGUUAAGAAACACUAUUUAAAUUAUACGCACUUAUAGUUUAAUAUUUCUUGCAUUGAUAGAGUGAAAAAGUAAUUUGUCUUAUAGUAUCAGUGUGUAUAAUGUAAACAAUGUUAUUUGUGCUAACGCUAACCAAAUUUUACAAUA